AUGGAGACAUAUCACGGACAUGUCCGCACACCAGCGGACGCGAUUAUUCUGUUCGAGGCAUGCCGUAUUGGGCUAUUGCCCAGAGUUCAGAGAAGGCUAUCGGAAAAGGAGAGACAGUCAAUAAAGUCGGGAUCGGUGUUUGUCUGGGAUGAGCGGGAAGCUGGCAUGCGAAGAUGGACAGACGGCAAAUCUUGGAGCGCCAGCAGAGUAUCCGGGAGCUUCUUGACAUAUCGGGAGAUGGAGGGCAAGCGUGGAGGCAGCCAUGCAGCUCAGGCGUCGUCGAGAGCCGGAAAGACGCCCGACAGCAAUAGGGGAAGCGACGAGGAUGGAGGCGAAGGGGGCGAAGAAGGACCUGACGGAUACCGAUAUAAGCCAGACGGCCUCAUGAAACAGUCGUUCAGCAUAACAACAUCGACCGGCCAGCAUCUUCACUUGAUCAGCUACUAUGCACGAUCCCAUCCGACCGUUCCUGGCCUUAACCAGCCCUCAACCGACCCGUCGUUGCGACAUAUCCAGCCACAGAAGGGCCUAUACCCGGAGUCGAGCGUCAACGACCAGCAGAACCUUCCUGUUGUCACCCGUGGGCCUAUGGCGGGAACCCCUUACUCGGUACCACCUUCUAUACCGCAUUAUGGUCGCCCAGCGGCUGCUCAUCCCCAUGGUUACUCGCCAACCUCGUAUAACUGGCCAUCGGCCCCCAUGAAUGGGCAGCCGCAUCCUGCACAACCGCCAUAUACCGGAAGCUAUCUACCACCGCUCCCAGGCGCCAGUGGACACCCACAGUAUCAGUACGCUCAACAUCCUCAUCUACCGCCUUCCCAGCCGGCAUAUCCACCUCAAUACGACCGUCCUCACCCUGUUGAUGUCCAACCGCCCUCUGCUCCUCCCCAUGGCAGCGGCAGCCAUAAUGCCAGCCCUCGCGGAUACCCGUACUACACUGCAUCUCAAACCCCCAGGCAUCCACAGCCUAGCCAUAUGGGGCCUGGAGAGAACAUCUAUCAGCCGGGUAAAGUAGACCAGCGUCUCAGCAUUUCUUCCUCUGGUUCCCACUCACCAAGAGAAGCAAUGAGUUCGCUGCAUAACACGCCGAUGAAAUCCCCCGGCCUGUCGCAUAUCAACCGCUCACCGCAAUCGUCAAACCCACAAAACGGCCAUGUCCACGGUCUUGACGCAACAUCCAGCUCUUCUGCCACUGCAGUUCCAAGCAUCAACGCCCUGAUGAAUGGCCCACCGCUAAACGACAGUGCCCGUAUGCCAGGUUACCAUCAAGGAGUCCCAGCUCCAGGCAUUGGUGGAGAAGGGCCUAAAGACAUUCCUAGCGAAAAAAUUGGAUUUGGCGAAGAUAUGAGAGCCCUUCGACAACUUGAUAGGGUGUUUACUGCCUAG